UAUGACUUCACUGUGGUAUUCCCAUCCCACAACCCUCCGCGGGCUGGAAUGAAGUGAGGAGGCGGUGAGCAGUUUGUGUGGAGCUGAUGACAUGGGCUGGAGAACUCCACUGAAUGGAAAAGCUACUUCGACUUCAACUGGCUUGGAGAAGAAAAACUGUGAUUUAACUGGGCGAAAAUAGUUUACUUCAGCAAAACUGGCUAGAAUUAGUUGAUACAAGCAAUCGUUCUAUUUUGGCUGAUUGUCUAAAUUGCCAGAAUAUUAGCAAAAGGUAUGCGUAAGGUAACUAACGUUAGCCAAGUCUGUAGUUUAAUUAGCCUAGCUAGCUAACUUUAGUUAGCUAAAAUGUACACACUACAGAUCGGAAGGGACGCUCGUAGUUUUUGGGGAACUUUCCACGAGUUUAUUACAUUGCAUUGAUGUCUCCUUUUUGAGUUAUGCUUUCAAGAAAGAAAAGUAAAAGCGAGGCGUCGAAACCAGCGGAAGUACACGGGAAAUAUGUGAAGAAGGAGACUUCACCAGUCCUGAGAAAUCUCAUGCCCUCAUUCAUCAGACAUGGACCCACUAUUCCCAGACGCACCGAGGUCCCUCUGCCGGAGCCUGGUCCCUCAGCCUACCCUGUGGGAACCAGCCCUGAACCUGUGGUGGUCCGCAACAAGAGCUUCCUGCGCGCCCCUGUGCAGAGACCACCCCACGAGGUGGCUCGGAGGGAGAGCCAUAGGAUGUCAGCCCCUCCGUACCUACCACGUAGCCUGGGGGAUAUAACCCACGAGUACGGAGGCUCCUCACAGUCCUUCCUCACGGACGUGAGUGCCACGGCUGAGAACGGUGACGCUGGACGCUACUACUACCCCCCGCCUCCGGAACCUUACUACGACAGCCAGCAGCAGCAGCAGAGACGGACUCAGCCCAGGCCCCAGCAGCCCAGAGCACCUGAACGCUUCCAUGAGGACUAUAGAUACUAUGAACACAACGAACAUCCAAACUUCCAAAGACUACCACCACCACAACAACACACUUCCCCGACCCCAAACAGACCGCCAACAGGUAUUGGUCGGAUGCAGGCUAAGUCUCUGGGGAACCUGUCCAGUCCGAGCGGCGAGGACCUUCCCCUGCCCCGUGGUUGGACGGUAGACUGGACCAUCCGAGGCAGGAAGUACUACAUCGACCACAACACCAACACCACCCACUGGUCCCACCCCCUGGAGAGAGAGGGUCUGCCCCCUGGCUGGGAGAAGGUGGAGUCAGCUGAGUUUGGGACCUACUACGUGGACCACCUCAACAAGAGGGCUCAGUAUAGACACCCCUGUGCUCCUAGCGUGCCUCGUUAUGACCAGCCCCCUCCCCUGCCCCCUCCGGUAGUGUACCAGCCUCGCCCCUCGGAGAGGAACCAUCCGGUACUGGUACCAGCCAACCCGUACCACACGGCAGAGAUCCCUGACUGGCUACAGGUGUAUGCCCGCGCCCCGCUCAAGUAUGACCACAUCCUGAAGUGGGAGCUGUUCCAGCUGGUGGAUCUGGACACGUACCAGGGCAUGUUGAAGCUGCUCUUCAUGAAGGAACUGGAGCGCAUCGUCAAGUCCUACGAGGCCUACCGUCAGGCCCUGCUGUCUGAGGUGGACCAAAGGAAACCGAGGCAGCAGUGGUACACUCAGGCCCAGCAGUAGUCGGGCAAGAACUUCACAGGGAACAUGUGAACUGGGUCGUCAAUUCACUAGGAAGCAAACGGGGGAGAAAACAAAGAAGGACGUACCUGAAUUUGUCCAAUAAUAAACCAGUUGGUUGUUGCUAAACAGUUUGCUAUGGUGUGCACUAAUGAAUACAACCCCGAAUUGACUGGACGGAGGAAUGGACUCUGUGCUAGCUCAACAUUGGACUUCGAGGACUCUCAUUCUACACUGUUCAUACGAAGUUCAGCCCUGGUGAACCGUUGUCCCACCCCUCGGAGGUUACUACAGUACAGAGAUCUCCUCUUCCUGAGGUUACUACAGCACAGAGAUCUCCUCCUCCUGAGGUUACUACAGCACAGAGAUCUCCUCCUCCUGAGGUUACUACAGCACAGAGAUCUCCUCCUCCUGAGGUUACUACAGCACAGAGAUCUCCUGAGGUUACUACAGCACAGAGAUCUCCUGAGGUUACUACAGCACAGAGAUCUCCUGAGGUUACUACAGCACAGAGAUCUCCUGAGGUUACUACAGCACAGAGAUCUCCUGAGGUUACUACAGCACAGAGAUCUCCUGAGGUUACUACAGCACAGAGAUCUCCUGAGGUUACUACAGCACAGAGAUCUCCUGAGGUUACUACAGCACAGAGAUCUCCUGAGAUUACUACAGCACAGAGAUCUCCUCCUCCUCCUGAGGUUUGUCCCCCCCCCCCCCCUCCCUUUUGAGGGACGGACAGCGGUAGGUUUCUACAGUCCUCCUCCGAGGUUUUGUCCUUGUCCCCUGAGGUUUGUAGGGAGGGACAGGCAGCGGUAGGUUUCUACAGUCGUCCUCUGGCUCUGUUUUCUAAAGGCAGGAAGAUUACAGGCUGACAGAUCUACUUGUUUGAAUGUCCAUAAAUGACUAUAAUAAGAUGACAGGUUGAGAUUGUGCCUUUUCAUCAAUGGCAGCACUUGCUUGUUUUUUUGUUUUGUAAAAUUAUAUAAAACCAAUUCCAUUUAAGGAGAGCAGGACCAGCAGUGUUGCCUUAGGAACUCGUUUCCAUAUGAAUUCUGCUUCACAAAUGUUUUUGUAAUUGUAUCUCGCCCCAUAUUAAACAGAAAGGAUAUUAUUGAACUUUUUAACUAUUUUAAUGUGAUAUAUAUAUAUAUAUUGUAAUUGUCAUCAAUACUUCCUUUUGUUGACACAAUCCUCGAAAAACGUAUGUAAUUGUCUUACAGAAGAAUUUUAAGUUCUGGUAUGGAAUAGGUCUUCAUGAAGACCUGACGCUUUGUAGGAUACACUACAGCGUUACGUGUCAGGAACUUGGCUCUGUGCAUCACUAUACAUCAUCAUUAAUGAAUUAAAUCACAAUAUCCUUAUUAUAAUAUGACCUGUGUAUUAUAGAAACACACAAGCUACUGGAAACAUAUCUGAAGCCCAAAUUACACCCUAUUCCCUAUGAGCCCUGGUCAAAAGUAGUGCACUACAUAGGGCAGUAUGUCCUCCAGUACCCCCAACCCCGGUCCUCCUGUACCCCCAACCCCUGUCCUCCUG